UGGCCGGAGGGUGGAGACUCGGCAAGCGGAGAGGAGGGAGGCAGCGGGGAUCUCAGCUGGAGCAGAAACACAGAGAGAGAAAGAGAGAGAGAGAGAGAGAGAGUACGGAGGGAGAAGUGUGUGUGUGUGUGGAUGUACUCUGCUCGCCUCGCUCGCUAACUGAGUGUGUGGAUACUACUCCACAGCGCUGGAUGCGUGGGGGCUUCGCUAAGAAGAAGAGAAAGAAAACCUAAAGAAAGACGGAGAACGUGGCAGACACAAGCCUCUGACCGAGCGGGUGGCAGACACCAGGGCAGGAGGCGCAAGGAGGAGCAAGCAGACAAGGCUGAGCAGGCAGGAACUGAGCGGGAGCGCCCAUGGCGAGUAACAACACGGCCAGCAUCGCGCAGGCCAGGAAGCUGGUGGAGCAGCUAAAGAUGGAGGCCAACAUUGACAGGAUAAAGGUGUCCAAAGCAGCGGCAGACUUAAUGUCUUACUGCGAAGCUCAUGCCAAAGAGGACCCCCUGCUGUCACCGGUGCCAGCGUCAGAGAACCCGUUCAGGGAGAAGAAGUUCUUCUGCGCCAUCCUGUAAACCCAGCAUGGCCCCUCAGCCGCCUGCUGCCGGCGGGACUUUGAACGCGGACGUUCAGAACCUGUAGAAAUCGUCUAGUAGGAGGGCAUCGCAUUCUCUUUGCCCUCUUAAACGCUUGGCAUUUAAAGAGAUCCAAUCAGCAGAGUAAACAUGUAACCAAUGAAGGGGGUGUUAUGUUUUCUUUUUUUUUUUUGGGAGGAUAAGCAGCAUGUAGGAGGGAUUUGUACUUUUAGAUGAUGAUGGGAGCGAUAAUCACCCAGCGAUAUGACGGACAACCAAUCAACCGGCCGGGUUUUCAGGCUCUAAUGUGUAUAAAUUUCAAAAACAGAUAACAUGGCUGUGUUUUGUCGCUCCUUGGGGACCAUCAGGUGGAGCACCACGGGGGACACGCAGCCAAAACUCUUGACGCCGCCCGAUUAUUAUUGGAAUGUGUUAUUUUGCUUGUUUUUUGUUGUUGUUUUUUUUAAAGUUGUUUGUGUUUUUACCAAUUUCACCGAGAUAUCUUUCUAUAACUGUAUGUAGGUGACUGAUGAAGCCUUUAUCUUUUGCUCUUUCUUUUUGUUUUAUAAACCAAACAGGUUAGUGAAAGCUUUUUUUUAAUCGCGGGACAUUUCUCUCUGUACACCUUUCUGAAAGUCAGUUUUCUGUGAAUCGGACAAAUACGAUGCAGUUUGUCUCCUUCGGACACAAUCCUUCUUUCUACUGUUUGUACAAAGUGACUAGCAGAUAAACUGUGCUGUGCUGUGAGUUCGACGUGUUUGUAUUUGUAUCAUUAAUUAUAACAUAAAAAGG